AUGUCGGAUGUGACUCUGAUUGACAUUCUCUGGAGACAAGACGUAGAUCUUGGAGCAAGGCGUGAAGUUUUUGAUUUCAGCCAAAGAAAGAAAGAAUAUGAACUUGAGAAGCAGAAAAAGCUUGAAAGUGAGAGACAAGAGCAACUUCAGAAAGAGCAAGAAAAGGCCUUUCUUGCCCAGUUGCAGCUGGAUGAGGAAACGGGGGAAUUUAUUCCUAUCCAAUCAGCUCAAAUUGUUGAAUCUGGAAAUUCUGCCAUAUCCAACAAUUAUUCACAGAGUGUACAUAUUUCCAAACAAGAUGAGGAUGAUCUGUUCGAUGACUACAUGCAGAUUUUAGCAGAAACAUUUUCAUUUUCAGACGAGCGUGAGAUUUCCCCAGCUGAAUUUCAACAAGGGGCGCCUUCGGAAAUGGCUGCCAACCAGGUCUUUGUUGAAUCUAACCACUUGCAGCGGCUUGACUCAUCUGUACUUCAGUCUACGAUUCCAGAGUUAUUAGAUACAAAAGUGGAGAACACACAAGAUAUAGAACAAGUGUGGGAAGAACUCCUGUCUAUUCCAGAACUGCAGUGUCUUAAUAUACAAAAUGACAGCCUUGCCGAUGUAACAUCAAACCCAUUUGCCAUAAAUACCACUUCAGAAGUAGCCGAUAACUUUACCCUCUACAAUUCAUUAUCUGCCAUGGAGAAAGAAGUUCUUAACUGCAGUGAAGACUUCCUGAAACCUUUGGAAAAUUCCUAUUCCAGCAUGGGGAUACCAGAAGAUUCUGGUCAACGUAGCACUGAUUUCUGUGAGGAUUUCUAUUCCUUAAUCGAUGUGAAGAUGGACCCCAGAGUGGCUACCCCGCCAUCUCAUUUUGUGGAUCAGACCAUUGCUGGCUUUUUAAGUGAACCAAUUGAUCUUUCGGAUUUUGCUCAGUGCAAAGCUUUUAACCAGGACCUUGUAGGAAAUGCCUCAGAGUAUAAUGAUUCUGACUCUGGUAUUUCACUGAAUGCAAGUUCCAAUAUAACCUCCCCAGCUCAUUCUGUUGAGUCAUCGUCGGUCUGUCAGGAUACAGGCUUUGGAUGCAGUGAUUCAGAAAUGGAGGAGAUUGAUUGCGCCCCUGGAAUUGUGUUACUCAGCAAUGCCAAGAUUCAUUCAUUUCACCCGCAGGCGCCUGCCUCUCCAUCUCUGGAGCAAGGCACUUCAAAGCCUGAUUUGUCACUUACUAGUACACCUCAAAGAGAAUUGCCUGCCAAUCCUGGCCACGUUGAAGCUCCAUUUAUGAAAGAUAAGCCCUUCAACCAACAAGAAGCUUAUCUCACUAGAGAUGAGCUGAGAGCAAAAGCUCUGAAGAUCCCUUUUCCUGUUGAGAAAAUCAUCAACCUCCCUGUGGAUGACUUCAAUGAAAUGAUGUCCAAGCAGCAGUUCAACGAGGCUCAGCUCAGUCUGAUUCGUGACAUACGAAGGCGAGGCAAGAACAAAGUAGCUGCUCAGAACUGCCGUAAAAGGAAACUGGAAAACAUUACUGAGUUGGAGCAUGAUUUGGAUUACCUGAAGGAGGAGAAAGAGAAGCUCCUGAAAGAGAAGGUGGAGAAUGACAAAAGCCUGCAGCUGCUGAAAAAGGAGAUGAGCACCCUGUAUCUUGAAGUCUUUAGCAUGCUUCGGGAUGAAGAUGGCAAGCCAUACUCCCCGAAUGAUUACUCACUGCAGCAAACCAGAGAUGGGAGCAUUUUCCUUGUGCCUAAGAGCAAGAAGCUAGAGACUAAGUUCUGAGGAUCAGGGAGACAAUUUUUUUUCUAUGAAUAUUUUUACAUUGCUAUUUUCUAUUGAUAAGUAUCAUGUAACCCAACGUUGUCCUUUCUCAAGUGACUACACGUUUAUUUAGAGUCAAAUGUACGAAUGCACUAAAUCAUUAGCGUAAGAGGAAAAUGUAUGCACAUGGGUAAUACUUCCACAAUACACUAGUUCUUCCUGUUAUAUAACAGCCACUUCAGUAGUUUUUGUGUUUUUUUGUAAAUAUUUCCAGAUGUCUUAUUUAUAUAUAAUUUCUAUAGAUGGCUUCAUCCAAACUUGAUUUAACUGCUAAUCCUACAUAUUUACAAAAUUAUUUUAUGACUUAAGGUACAUCAUUUUAUAAAUACAAAUGAUUUUUUUUAGUUUACAGGUGUAUUUACUUUAAUAUAGCAGCUUGAAUAUAGUGUAAACUGAUAUGCAAAAUGCAGCAACAGGACACAACCCAACCAAAGACAAGCACUUUGAAGAAUAGCUUAGAGUAGGAACAUUAAGCACAUGCUUAACAUUCAUUAAAAUUAAUGGCGCUUUAAGAGCCUGAUCAUUGGAAGAUUGUUUAGAUGAUAAAAGAGUUUUAUACUUUUAAAGUGGUUAAAUUAUGUAAAUACAGUAAAUUGUUACAUAAAGUAUUAUGAUUUUUGUCAGCCAAAGCUGCACAACUAUGUGACUGAAUGUGGUUGAAAGGGGGAGUGAUUCACUGGAUGCAGAACACAGCUUGUGAAUUUAAGCUUUUAUUAUCCUCACUUUUUUUCUAGCUCUUAUAUUUUCAUAUGUUUGACUUGAAAUGUAUUAAAAGUUUCUUAAGCCAGA